AGAGAGAGAGAGAGAGAGAGGAAUGCGUCGCUAAUGAGUAAACGGACCAUCGCCCGAGCACGAAAGAGCGGACAACGGAAAGGGGGAAAGGAGGAAAAACGGAGAAAUGUUGUAAACCGCAACAAAAAAAAGCAGUAAGGGGAGGUGGAGAACGAAGAAAACCGUCAUAUAUUAAUUGGAAGGAUUACAAUUACCCUAUACUGGUGAAUAGAAUCCAACUAGGAUUUUUAAUGCUGCCCUCACGGAGAAUUGAGCUAACGGACUUACUGGUCUUCUGAACCAUGCAGCGGCUUUUGCUCCUGAGUUUGGCGUUGAGUUUUCACCGUGUGUGGACAGCGCGUUUCUCCCAGGAGCCAGCGGACCAGUCGGUGGUGCUGGGCCAGAGGGUGAUUCUGUCGUGUGUUGUGUUUAACUACUCGGGCAUUGUGCAGUGGACCAAGGAUGGACUGGCCCUGGGCAUCGGAGAGGACCUCAGGGCCUGGCCGAGGUACCGUGUGUUGCGGGUGCAGGAGCUGGGCCAGUAUAACCUGGAGAUCAUCUCAUCUGAACUGUCUGAUGACUCCCUGUACGAGUGUCAGGCCCCAGACGCUGCGCUACGUUCGAGAAGAGCCAAACUCACCGUCCUCAUCCCCCCAGAUGACCCAGUGAUAGACGGGGCCCCUGAGGUGCUGCUGAAUGCAGGGGACCACUAUAACCUGAGCUGUGUGUCCCGCGGGGCCAAGCCCCCUGCCAUGAUAGAGUGGCAGAAAGAUGGGAUCCCUGUAGAUGGAGCAGUCAGCACCACCGAGGUGCUCCCGGACAGGAAGAGGGUGACGACCCACAGCUUCCUGCCCAUCCACCCAGUGGACACAGACACAGGGAGGAACUACAGCUGUGUGGCCAGUAACCUGGCUAUCCCCGCCGGGAAACGCACCACCGUCACCCUCAACGUACACCACCCCCCUACGGUGACACUGUCCAUCGAGCCUCGCUCCGUCUUAGAGGGGGACAGAGUUACCUUCACCUGCGCCGCCUCCGCCAACCCUCCUAUCAUGGGAUACAUGUGGGCUAAAGGUGGAGUGAUCCUGCAGGGGGCCAGAGAGAGUGUGUUCACCACCAAAGCUGACCAUUCCUUCUUCACUGAGCCAGUGUCCUGCUCAGUGUUCAACGCCGUGGGCAAAACCAACGUCAGCAUCCUGGUCGAUGUACACUUUGGUCCUAUUCUGGUAGUGGAGCCCAGGCCAGUGACAGUGGACAUAGACUCUGAUGUCACUCUGAACUGCAAAUGGGCCGGCAACCCUCCUCUAACACUUACCUGGACCAAGAAGGGCUCCAAUAUGGUCCUUAGUAAUAACAACCAGCUGUUCCUGAAGUCAGUGAGCCAGGCGGACGCUGGGCAGUACGUGUGUAAGGCCAUCGUCCCCAGGAUCGGAGUGGGAGAGACAGAGGUCACGCUCACUGUCAACGGUCCCCCCAUCAUCUCCAGUGAGCCCGUCCAGUAUGCGGUGAGGGGGGAGAGAGGAGAGGUCAAAUGCUACAUCGCCAGCACACCUCCACCGGACAAGAUUGUGUGGGCGUGGAAAGAGAACGUGUGGGAGAAGGAGAAGGGGACUCUGUUGGAGAGGUACACGGUGGAGCAGAGUAAACCUCUGUCUGAGGGAGGGGCUGUCCUCUCCACCCUCACCAUCAACAACGUCAUGGAGGCUGACUUCCUGUCCACCUACAACUGUACUGCCUGGAACGCCUUCGGACCCGGGACCAUGAUCAUCACCCUGGAGGAGACUGAGGAGGUCCCAGUGGGUAUAAUAGCAGGAGGGACUGUUGGCUGCACCAUCCUGCUGUUCCUGUGUUUACUAGUCCUGGUGCUCAUCUUCUACCGGCAGCACAAAGGCAGUCGUCGCGGGGUCACGCUGGGUAAGCCAGACAUCAAGGUAGAGACAAUAAACAAGGAGACCCACAGUCUGGAGGAGGACUCCGGCAGUGUUUCCACGGCAUCACGCAUGGUCAAGGCCAUGUACUCGUUUCUGCCCUCUUCUGUGCCCUUCUCUCCCUCCUCUCAGCCCUUUAAAGACGAUAUAGAACUGAAACAGGACCUACGCAGCGACACUCUAGACACACGCCAGGAGUACGACCUUAAGGAUCCCACCAACGGCUACUACAACGUGCGAGCCUCCACCCACGACGAGGGCCGUCCCGCCUCCCGCUCCAUGCACUACUCCGACUACCGGCCCUCCAACACCCCAGGGGGCGCUGCCUCCAUAAGCAGCAGUGUUGGAGGAUCAGGGGCCACGGCCAGCGGAGGAGGCCCUCCAGGCCCAGGGCCCCUCAACACCCCUGGCCGCCCCAGCUGCUACGACCCCCGUCCCCCCUCCAGACUGUCCCAUAACAGCUAUGCUCAGUUUAACACAUUCACCCGGGCUGGGCAGAGCCAGCCGCCCCCUCCCAACCCCCCGCCGCAGACCAGCGACUUCCCUGGGGACUGCAGCCUGUUGGACUCCUCUCAACUGGCAUACGACAACUACGGCUAUCCCUCUCACCCCUAUACCCCCUACCGCAUGGGAUUCGCCCCGCCCACUCUGGCUCCCUUGGAAGUCGGUCCGUCGUAUGAGAUGUACGGGGUGGGGCCGGGGGUGGGCCCUGUGCCAGGGGUGGGGCCUGGUGUGGGGGUGGGGCCUGGGGCAGCUCCGUCAGGGUCAGAGACUGGACUGGGGAAGUAUGGAAGCUCGACCCGCUUCUCCUAUACCUCGCAGCAUUCUGACUACGGCCACAGAGGGCACACACAGAGGAUGCAGACACAUGUGUGAGAUACAGUUCAUUCUCACGUAGAGGGUGAGGGUGCAUUCUCAUACACACUGUCACUCAGACGCACACACACAUUCACAUUCUCAAACAUACACACACAAACACACUUGAGCGUACACAGACACACACACACUGAGACACACAUGCAGACAGACACACACACACACACACACACACAUACACACACACACACACACACACACACACAGGAGUUUGCCCACGAGACAGGGAGGGUAUGAGAAAGAGAGAUAGUCCAGAUCAGUGGAAAAUAGAGAGUAUCCCAAUGAGACAGAGGGGAUUUCCUUGUAAUCAGAAUUCCAACACUCCCAGUGUUCAAUUCUUCGCUCUGAAAGAGCAGAAAGCGAAAGUCACAAUCAAGACCAGAGAAAAUAGGACUAGAGAGAACAAGAGAUCUUUAGAUCUUAAUUGUCAAAAUGAAUAGCAGAAGUGCUAUGAAUUUAGACUGUAAUGAGUGACGAGAGGGGGGGGGGGGGGGGGGUGUUACAGGCAAUUUAUUCCAUAUACGAUUGCCAAAUAUUAAAGUAAGGCAUAUCAUGGAGAAAUUGACCAUCAAAUAUGGUACCUUCGCUCGUUCGUUGGGCGGGAGAAACCUCAACCAAUGAGGAGUAAUGACUGUCUGCCAUUUUGUUUUAGCUGGUUGUUGUUUUAUACAGUGAUCUUAGAGCACAUAUAUAUCCCAGAAUGCUUUACUUCAUUGGCGCCAUUGGUGCUGGUUAGUGGGGCCAUGGUACGUUUUGCACUGCAUUACAAACAGUAUUCAUUGCUUAGACAUCCGUUAUCUAUAUCUAUAGCUGUAUUAUAUAUGUCUGUUUUUAUUUGCACACCAACAAACUAGAGCUUUGUAUUCUAUUUUUUAACAUUUUACUGAAUUAUUUUUGUCAUAUUUCUGUGAAGGAGGUGUCUGUGGACCAAAAUGUUCUAACUUGAGAGGGUUUAGUAUUUGUUUGGGUGAUAUUCACCCCAACAAACAAAGAGAAACAUGAAGAAGUAUUUGUUGACCUGUUUCUGUCAGCCAAUGAUGACUGGCAGAAUUCAGGAAGGGGGAGUAUAUACAGGAACCUUUUUACCAAGUGUCCAUGUUGCUCUUUAUUUUGAUGUAAAUCUUGGGUUACAAGCAUUUAUGCAGUAGAUAGCAUGCAGGAGGUCCUUAUAUUGGCAGGUGUUGUGUGUUGCUAGGCCUACCAAGGGUUUAGGUAUUGAGGCAGUUCCGGGCAUAUGGAACUAUAAGCCUGGUAGCCUGGGAUCCAAACUGAAAUCGCUUUGUUACACCAUUUAUAUGAAUAUACUACAUCAUUGAUAUGAUGAAACAUAGCAAAUUCAGCUUGGAUCCAGGCUAUAAGCCUUAGCCUGGUGCCCCCUGCUGAAAUAGAAAGAGGUGAUGUGGUAGCCUGGUCCCAGGUCUAUUUGUGCUGUCUUGCCUACUCCUGUGGUCAUUGUCACACUUGCGAACAAACAGAGCUGGGACCAUGGCUAGUGAGAUGGUGUGUACAGAGGUUUAGAAGAGAGUGGCCUUAGGGAACAUGUGGUAAACACUUUCAUUACUCAUACACAAUCAGCCAUGAUGACGAGGCCUGAGGAGAAUGUGUAUAGAAAGGGGCAAUGAAGGUUUUUCUACAGUAUUGACAUAUAGUGGUGUGUGAUUGUGUGAAUGUGUAUGGGUGAAAGAAAGAAUGAGCAAAAGGGAGAUAGAGAGAGAGAGUGUGUGUGUGUGUGUGUGUGUGUGCACAUCUAUUUGUACAGUGUUUGUAUAGAUGUGUGAAUGGCUGUGUGUGUAUGUAACACAUAGACAUACCGUACUCUACCUGCGUGUGUGUGUGUGAAUAUUGUAUGCGUGUGUGUAUGUCUGUAUGUGUUUAUGUGUGUGAGUGUUUUAGUAAUACAGCAUUUCCCAAACUCGGUCCUGGGGCGGAUGUUUGGGUUUUCUGCCCUAGUACUACACAACUGAUUCAAAUAAACAAGUCAUCAUCAAGCUUUGAUUAUUUGAAUCAGCUGUGUAGUGUUAGGUGCAAAAACCAAAACAUGCCCCCUUUGGGGUCCCGAGGACCGAGUUUGGAAAACGCUGCAUUAAUCUGUCCAUAUCAUUUCUCUUCGCAAUCCUGUUCCAAUACUUGUAUACCUCUGGUAGGACUGUAUCCUGUAUUAUUGUGUCUUUGAAUUUAGAAAUACAAUGUUUAUCUUAUUGUACUGUUCAACGUAGCAGAGAAAAACUGUUCAAAAGAUGUACAACAAAAAUCACAUUUUCAUUUUUUAAGUUCAUUAUCUCCAAUAUUUUUUAAAAAUGGUAUGUAAUUAUUUUUCCACAGUAUUACAGAAAUAAAAAGCACUGUUUUUUAUAAAAUUAA